GGUGCUCAAGUUCACCAUGGCCGUCUUGGGUGCGAUGAUCCUGUGGUAUCUUGCCGCCGCCACUGUCCGCGUGGUGACAGCAGUGUCCAACGACACGUCCUGCGACACUGUAGGCGCUGGCUAUACCUGCUCUCCCCAGGUGUCCCGAUACUGGGGCCAAUACUCGCCCUACUUUGCAGUCCCUCAGACCAACGCGCUCCCCAAUGACCUACCAGAGGGCUGCACCAUCACUUUCGCCCAGGUGCUCUCCCGCCACGGCGCCCGUGAUCCCACCGCCAGCAAGACGGCGCUCUACAAUGCCACCAUCCAGCGGAUCCAGAGCAGCGUCACCAGCUACGGCGCGGGCUACGAGUUCCUGGAGAGCUACGAGUACACCCUCGGGGCAGACCAGCUCACCACGUUUGGGCAGCAGGAGCUGGUCAACUCGGGCCUUGACUUUUACGCGCGGUACGAGGCCCUCACGCGCGAGCACAGCCCCUUUGUUCGCUCGUCGGGCGAGGACCGCGUCGUCGAGUCGGCGAUGAACUGGACGCAGGGGUUCCACGCCGCGCGCCUGGCGGACAAGAAGGCCGACGGGAAGGAAGAUGCGUACCCUUACAACAUUGUGGUCAUCAGCGAGGACACGGGUAGCAACAAUACGCUCAACCACGGGCUGUGCACGGCCUUUGAGGAUGGGCCCGAUGACGACAUCGCGACGGACGCGCAGACGAAGUGGAUGGAUGUCUUUACGCGGAACAUCACGGCGCGGCUCAACGCCAACCUGCCAGGCGCCAACCUAAGCGCCACCGAGACCACAUACAUCAUGGACCUGUGUCCUUUCAACACGGUCGCCAACGUCGACGGCAAGAUCUCUGAGUUCUGCGGCCUGUUCACCAACGACGAGUGGAAAAGCUACGACUACCUCCAGAGCCUGAACAAGUUCUACGGUAUGGGCACCGGUAACCCCCUGGGCCCGACGCAGGGUGUGGGCUUCACCAACGAGCUGAUCGCACGGCUCACGGGCAGACCCGUGGUGGACCACACGAGCACAAACCACACGCUCGACGACAACCCGGCCACAUUCCCUCUCAACAGGACAUUGUAUGCCGAUUUUAGCCACGACAACGAUAUGACGGGCAUCUUCUUCGCCAUGGGGCUGUACAACCACACGGCCAUGCUGAGCAACACCACCAGAGAGAGCGUGGAGCAGCUGGACUGGUACUCGGCAUCGUGGACGGUGCCGUUCGGGGCAAGGAUGUAUGUCGAGAAGAUGGUUUGUAAUAGCAACAGCAGCCCAGCCCAGCAAGCACACAAAAGGGAGGCGACGGAAGAAGAGCUCGUGAGGGUGUUAAUCAACGGUCGGGUCAGGCCGCUGGAGAACUGUGGUGCGGAUGCCCUGGGCCGGUGUACGCUGAGCAACUUUGUCAACAGCUUGAGCUUCGCGAGGGAGGGCGGCCACUGGAGCUCAUGCUUCUCAUAGAUUUGUGGCGUGUGUACCACCCUGCCUUGAUCCUAUUCGCAAUAGAUACUUAUCGAGUCUGUC